UCUGUUGUUUUCUGCGGGGGCGAAAAAAUGCAUUCCGUGUGUUUAAUAUUUCCCUCUGAAGAAACAUUGACAGAGUUUAAAGAAAUCAUCGUCCAGUCGGAGGAAGAGAUGGAUGAUCAGCGCAGACUGCUUGAUUUCUCCCGGACUCCCCAGAUCAUCUUACACCGAAUAGACCACAUACAGCGUAACAUUUAUAUGCAGGAGCAAUGUAACCAGGACAGGAGCUCCUCUCUGAAACAGGAAGCGCCAGAACAUCUGCAGAUAAAAGAAGAACAAGAUGAUCUAGAACAUCUGCAGAUAAAAGAAGAACAAGAUGAUCUAGAACAUCUGCAGAUAAAAGAAGAACAAGAUGAUCUAGAACAUCUGCCAAUAAAAGAAGAACAAGAUGAUCUAGAACAUCUGCAGAUAAAAGUGGAAGAGAAAGUUUUCAGUCAGAGUGAAGAACAGGUUACACUACAAAAACAGGAGAGUAACACCUUUAUGGUAAUUCCUGUUUGUGAGCAAACACAUCACACUGAAUCAGAACCAAACGGGAACCAAGUCAUCUUCCAGGAAGCUGCUGAAGCUGAGAACCAAAAUCAGGAAAAGAGCAAUCCUAAUGACUUUGGAGCAAAGAGAGAAGAAGAGAAGAAACAAAAGAGGCAUCAGAGAAUCGAACAGCAUGUUGACUGUUCAAAACAAAAAGGUCAUGAAAACCUUCCUCAAAGUAGUGACUUGACUAAAAAUACAUCAAGUACCACACGUCAGAGGCCUUUCUCGUGUUGGAAAUGUUUCAUUCGAAAAGAUGACUUUAAUUGUAACAUGACAGAUCACAAAGGUCACAAACCUUUUUUAUGCGUUAUUUGUGGAAAAGGUUUCAGUUACACAAGUGAACUCACUGUUCACAGGAGAGUUCACACAGGCGAAAAGCCAUUUUCAUGUGACAACUGUGGCAGAAGUUUCAGUAGACAAAAUAAUCUAACUGUUCACAUGAGAGUUCAUACAGGGGAGAAGCCAUUUUCAUGUGCGACCUGUGGAAGAGUUUCAGUGUAAAGCAGCAUUUAGCUAUGCACAUGAUGGGUCACACAGGUGAAAAGCCCUUUUUGUGUGUGACUUGU